CCUGGCGCUGCUUUGGCCCACGUGCGCUUUUUGUUCGCCCGACACCCCUCAGCAUCGCCCGCGCGUCCCUUCGGAGGUCUCUCGCCAGCCCCGCUUCUCUUUUCAUUCCUCCUCUUCUACUACUUUUUAUCCCCUUCGCCUGCCCCAAAGGAAAGCUCUCUCGCGCUCUUGGAUUGCCUUGGGAUUUGGGUCACGCCAGCCAGCGCUUGAAGCCUUCCGAGGGAGGCAGGCAGGCGGGCAUGGUGGGGCUGAAGAUGCUCCCGCUCAAGCUGCUCUUGGUGGCCGUGGUCCUCUGCUUCUUCGAAGGGGAGGCCAAGUUUGGCGAGAGCGGGGCCAGGCGGAGACGCUGCUUGAACGGCAGCCCCCCCAGGCGCCUCAAGAAGCGGGACCGGAGGCUGAUGCUCCUGGAGCCGCCCAACGGAGCGGAGCUGAUAUGCCGGGGCUUCUACCCUCGACUGUCCUGCUGCCCCAGGGCUGAGAGCCAGGGCUUGCUGCAGAUGGAGAACAACAAGAUCUUUUCUGUUACCAACAACACAGAAUGUGCGAAGCUGCUGCAGGAAAUCAAAUGUGCACACUGUUCGCCAAAUGCUCAGAAUCUGUUUCGCUCAACUGAGAAAGAAGCAUUGCAAAGAGAACUGGCCCUUCCUUUCCUGUGCAAGGAUUAUUGUAAAGAAUUCUAUUACACUUGCAGAGGUCACAUACCAGGUUUCCUCCAAACUACAGCUGAUGACUUUUGUUUCUACUAUGCGAGAAAAGAUGGUGGCUUGUGCUUUCCGGAUUUUCCAAGAAAACAAGUUCGAGGACCAGCUUCUAACUAUUUGGACCAGAUGGACGGAUAUGGCAAAGGAGAAGAUAUCAGCAGGAAACAUAAACACAACUGCUUUUGCCUUUAUGAAGUUGUAAGUGGUCUUAGACAACCUGUUGGAGCAGUACACAGUGGAGAUGGAUCACAGCACCUGUUCAUCCUUGAGAAGGAGGGAUAUGUAAAGAUUUUCACACCAGAAGGAGAUAUAAUUAAGGAACCAUUUCUGGAUAUACACAAACUUGUUCAAAGUGGAAUAAAGGGUGGAGAUGAAAGAGGGCUCUUAAGCCUUGCAUUCCAUCCCAAUUACAAAAAAAAUGGGAAGAUGUAUGUGUCCUUUACCACCAACCAAGAGCGAUGGGCGAUUGGGCCUCAUGACCAUAUUCUUAGGGUCGUAGAGUACACCGUGUCCAGGAAAAAUCCACACCAGGUUGACUUGAGAACAGCAAGAGGUUUUUUAGAAGUCGCAGAGCUGCAUAGGAAGCACCUUGGGGGGCAGCUGCUAUUUGGCCCCGAUGGGUUUUUAUACAUAUUCCUCGGCGAUGGGAUGAUUACUAUAGAUGAUAUGGAGGAGAUGGAUGGUUUAAGUGAUUUUACAGGUUCUGUGUUGCGCCUGGAUGUAGACACUGAUUUCUGCCACGUGCCUUAUUCCAUACCACAAAGCAACCCACACUUUAACAGCACCAAUCAGCCUCCUGAGAUUUUUGCCCAUGGACUCCACAAUCCAGGCAGGUGUGCUGUGGAUCGCCAUCCAACAGAUGUAAAUAUUAAUUUAACAAUCCUUUGUUCAGACUCCAAUGGGAAGAACAGGUCCUCAGCAAGAAUCCUUCAGAUAAUAAAGGGGAAAGAUUAUGAAAGUGAGCCUUCACUUUUAGAAUUCAAGCCAUUCAGUAGCGGACCAUUGGUUGGUGGAUUUGUAUACAGAGGCUGCCAGUCCGAAAGACUUUACGGAAGCUAUGUAUUUGCAGACCGCAACGGAAAUUUUUUAACUCUGCAACAGAGCCCCAUGACCAAACAGUGGCAAGAGAAACCACUAUGUCUGGGCAACAGUGGUUCAUGUAGAGGUUUCUUUCCAGGACAUAUCUUAGGAUUUGGUGAAGAUGAAUUAGGUGAGGUUUACAUCUUAGCAAGCAGUAAAAGCAUGACACAGUCUCACAAUGGAAAACUCUAUAAAAUUGUUGACCCCAAAAGGCCCUUAGUCCCAGAAGAAUGCAAAAGAACAGCUCUUCCUGCCCAGAUAUUGACAUCUGAAUGCUCAAGGCAUUGUCGAAAUGGGCACUGCACUCCCACCGGAAAAUGUUGCUGUAAUCAAGGCUGGGAAGGCGAGUUCUGCAGAAUUGCAAAAUGUGAUCCAGCCUGUCGACAUGGAGGCGUCUGCAUACGACCAAAUAAAUGCUUGUGUAAAAAAGGAUACCUUGGUCUUCAAUGUGAACAAGUGGAUAGAAACAUCCGAAGAGUGACAAGGGCAGGUAUUCUUGAUCAGAUCAUUGACAUGACAUCCUAUUUGCUGGAUCUAACCAGCUACAUUGUAUAGUUUCUGGGACUAUUUGGAUACUACAUUUUCAAUGGGCAUUUAUUUUUGAAUCUUCUCUUUUCUUUUCUUUUCUUUUAAAAAAGACUGUUAUCCUGCUUUGAAAUUCCAGUGAUUCCAUUUGGUUUGUAGAUCUGUCUUUUACAUUUUCAGAGAAGCAGAAAGGUACAAUUCACGCACAAACAUCUGGUUGCAUAACUAGUGGAAUACUAAAAUUUUAUUUCCUCGUGUGAAAUAGUUUACACAGAAAUUCCACUGUUUGCCACAAAGAAUUUUUCAAUAGUCACUAUGACUUCUUUGAUGUCCCACCACUUUUAUGUCUAUAACUUUUUAACUAUAGCAAUCGGAAAGGAGUUUUGAAACUGUUCGAUAUUAUUCAAAUUUAAUUUUAAGUAUUGUUAAGGUGUAACAAAUGGCAAGUGGAUUCAGAUGAUCAAUUGCCAUCCAGUUGAUGUAUAAUAAACAUAAUGUCAUUUUUUCUCCCAUUAAAAGCUAUUCUAUGAAUGGGAUGAAAAAGCUAUUGUAGUAAGUUCUAGUAGCCAUUGGAAGCUUAAAAUGAGCAAAUAUCAUAUUAAAAUUGAAGUUACCAUGUGAAAAACCUGGCCAUGUGAAUCCAUCUUCCCAUUAUAAAAUAAUUUUUCAGAACUCCUUAAUGCAUUCUUAUAUAGGCAACUCAUUGUAAGAUUGUAAUCUACACCUAUCAAUGUAACAGAAUGUUAUGCACUUAACUAUUUUAUCUGAAAUAGAUGCAAAAAUCUGGCUGUCGUAGCUCAAUUUCCUGACUGUUUCAAGUUCUUAAUAAUUAAAUUAUAUCUGCAUAUUUUAAAACCAGUCAUUCUAGAAGGUCUGCUUUUUAUUGAAUAUCUUAUUUAACAAUGGGCACUGGGUUUGUGUUACAUAUUUAUAUUAUUUUAUUUUAUUUUAUUAUAAUAUAGACAUCACCUAGAUGAACAGCUUUGCCAUGUCCUGUAAAAUACUAAAGUUACAUUUUUCUCCAAAUUAAUUGGAAUGACGGGGAGUGAAAGAGCAAACGCACUCUUUAAUGUGUUGUGGACCUAAUGUAGAAAUGUAUCCUUGUGUCAACCUUUGUUCAUAACCAUCGGAGAGGCAGCACCAACCAACCAGUCAUUGUAAAUGUUGAUAGAAUUCUUUCCACUAUAUCAGGACUGGCCCGUUUAUAUGUUUAUUAGAAGCUAUUACAGAACUCACACUGAAUGGAACAUCACUGGAUGGGAGCUCAAUUUAGCUAAAGUCUUGCCUGUGUAAGAGGAUACUUGUACAAAUCAUUAAAAUUAUGACUAUUGCUAAAUAUGGUUUAAAAUGUAAAUGUUUCUUGGAGAGUUAACAGAAUACUGUUUCCUUUUUGUAAAUGUAUCAAUAAAUUUGGUGUACAUGCUGUAUUCAGAAUUGUUAAAGUAUGAAUUAAUAUUUGAAUUUCUAGGAUCAUCCUCCGAAUUUAAAAUGUUUAUUCCUGCAAUGCUUUGUGACCUGGUCUGUGUGUUCAUAUUUGCAGUGUAUAUCAAUU